UUUUAAAUUUAUACAAAUAAAAUUAAAUAUGAAUACGAAUUUAAUCGAACUCAAAACCAUAAUACAGCCCGAACUGAGCAUUCUGAAAAUGGAACGUGCCUCGUCGCCGCUGCUGCAGGCGAACCUCUCGCUGCCCGUACACCAGCCGAAGGGCCGGGGCCGUCCGCGCGCAUCUUACGCCCAAACCGGUGAAUUCGAUUUGGGUCUAAUACGUGAAUUUCGCUCACGGCCAGCGUUGUAUGAUCGGUCGAAUAAGCGCUUCAAGGAUAAAAUACACGUUGCCCAGCUCUGGAUGCAAAUCUCACACAAGUUGGGCUAUGACGUUUCUAUAUUGCGUGAACGCAUGAUCACGCUGCGUAAUCGCUAUAAUAUCGAAAAGCGUCGAGUGGAAAACAAUUCGCUGUCGAUAUCGGGCAGCCAGUGGCCAUUGUUCGAGAAUCUUAGUUUUCUCUCGGAGCACAUACGCAGCAGACGUUCAUACAAGACGCAGUGUAAAUCUCUGGACGAAGAGGAUGACGAGGAGCCAUUCGAUGUGGAUGAUGGGAAUAGCGAAAGCAAUGGACCAGCCAAGGGUAUUAAGCACGAGCUGGAGCCGGAUUAUGAGGAUGGCGAGGAUUUUGACUGUGAUGGCGGGCCGCUGCCCGUGACCACUAUGCUCAGCAUACCACACAGCACACCCACGAAUGUCAACAAUGCGAUAAGCGCUAGCAGCAACAACAUCAACAACAGCAGCAGCAACAACAUCAGCAAUAACAAUAGCAAUAACAACAUGCUUAAUGGAAAAGCAGCGCUUCCAAUGGCAAACUGUCGACAGCCGGAGCUGCUGCUUCGCGUGGCCAAACCGAAACGUGCACCACAGGCACAGGAAGAGGAGCCGCCGGCUGCCAAGCGACGUCCAGAAGGCCAUUCUGCAGCAGCACCGGCGACAUCAGCAUCAGCAACAACAACAAACACGACAAUAACAGCAAUAACCACAUAUCCAAAGUUUCGCGCCUUUGGCGAAUUUGUAUCGCAUUCGCUGAACGAGCUGCCACAUGCGAUGUCCAUGCGCCUGGUCGAGAAGUUUACGCGCGAACUGGUCCAAGCGACCAUCGCGAAUGAGCAUAGUCAAACGCAGAAACGCGAAUCGAUGGAGCCAAGCAGCAUGGAUGAAAUGGAUGAUUAAACGAAUGAGUUAGGCAGUUAAGAUCAAACGAAACAAAACAACAAAUUAUAAUUUAAACUAAUUUUUUACUUAGACGCUUUUCAGCAUCUAAUUUUAGUACAUAUUUAUGUAUAUUGUAUAUGCCA